AUGGCGGCGGGAGUGGCAGCCUGGCUGCCUUUCGCGCGGGCCGCGGCCAUCGGGUGGAUGCCCGUGGCCAACUGCCCCAUGCCCCUGGCCCCGGCCGACAAGAGCAAGCGCCAGGACGAGCUGAUCGUGCUCAACGUGAGUGGGCGCAGGUUCGAGACGUGGCGGACCACGCUGGAGCGCUACCCGGACACGCUGCUGGGCAGCACGGAGAAGGAAUUCUUCUUCAACGAGGACACCAAGGAGUACUUCUUCGACCGGGACCCCGAGGUGUUCCGCUGUGUCCUCAACUUCUACCGCACGGGCAAGCUGCACUACCCGCGCUACGAGUGCAUCUCGGCCUACGACGACGAGCUGGCCUUCUACGGCAUCCUGCCCGAGAUCAUCGGCGACUGCUGCUACGAGGAGUACAAGGACCGCAAGCGGGAGAACGCCGAGCGGCUGCAGGACGACCUGGACUCGGAGAACAACCAGGAGUCCAUGCCCUCGCUCAGCUUCCGCCAGACCAUGUGGCGCGCCUUCGAGAACCCGCACACCAGCACCAUGGCCCUGGUCUUCUACUACGUGACCGGCUUCUUCAUCGCCGUCUCGGUCAUCACCAACGUGGUGGAGACGGUGCCGUGCGGCACGGUGCCCGGCAGCAAGGAGCUGCCGUGCGGCGAGCGCUACUCGGUGGCCUUCUUCUGCCUGGACACGGCCUGCGUGAUGAUCUUCACGGUGGAGUACCUGCUGCGGCUCUUCGCCGCGCCCAGCCGCUACCGCUUCGUGCGCAGCGUGAUGAGCAUCAUCGACGUGGUGGCCAUCUUGCCCUACUACAUCGGCCUGGUCAUGACCAACAACGAGGACGUGUCGGGCGCCUUCGUCACGCUGCGGGUCUUCCGCGUCUUCCGCAUCUUCAAGUUCUCCCGCCACUCGCAGGGCCUGCGCAUCCUGGGCUACACGCUCAAGAGCUGCGCCUCCGAGCUGGGCUUCCUCCUCUUCUCCCUCACCAUGGCCAUCAUCAUCUUCGCCACUGUGAUGUUCUACGCCGAGAAGGGCUCCUCCGCCAGCAAGUUCACGAGCAUCCCCGCCUCCUUCUGGUACACCAUCGUCACCAUGACGACGCUGGGCUACGGGGACAUGGUGCCCAAGACCAUCGCCGGGAAGAUCUUCGGCUCCAUCUGCUCGCUGAGCGGCGUCCUGGUCAUCGCCCUGCCGGUGCCUGUGAUCGUGUCCAACUUCAGCCGCAUCUACCACCAGAACCAGCGGGCCGACAAGCGCCGGGCGCAGAAGAAGGCCCGCCUCGCCAGGAUCCGUGUGGCCAAGACCGGCAGCUCCAACGCCUACCUGCACAGCAAGCGCAACGGGCUCCUCAACGAGGCCCUGGAGCUGAUGGGCACCCCGGAGGAGGAGCACGCGGGCAAGACCACCUCGCUCAUCGAGAGCCAGCACCACCACCUGCUGCACUGCCUGGAGAAGACCACUGGGUUGUCCUAUCUUGUGGAUGAUCCCCUGUUGUCUGUACGAACGUCCACCAUCAAGAACCACGAGUUCAUCGACGAGCAGAUGUACGAGCAGAACUGCAUGGAGAGCUCGAUGCAGAACUACCCGCCCACCAGGAGCCCCUCGCUGUCCAGCCACCAGGGCCUCACCACCACCUGCUGCUCCCGCCGCAGCAAGAAGACCACGCACCUGCCCAACUCCAAUCUGCCGGCCACCCGCCUGCGCAGCAUGCAAGAGCUCAGCACCAUCCACAUCCAGGGCAGCGAGCAGCCCUCGCUCACCACCAGUCGCUCCAGCCUUAACCUGAAAGCAGACGACGGACUGAGACCAAACUGCAAAACAUCCCAGAUCACCACAGCCAUCAUCAGCAUCCCCACCCCCCCAGCACUAACCCCCGAGGGGGAGAGCCGGCCACCCCCCACCAGCCCCGGCCCCAACACGAACAUUCCUGCCAUAGCCAGCAACGUCGUCAAGGUCUCUGCCUUGUAA